AUGGACGUCUCUCCUUCGAAGAGGGCAGCUGCGAAGUCGCUGGAUUCGCUGGAUAAUCAAGCUGGCGGGGGCCCACAGAGAGAAGACAAACUGCGAAGCUUCAUACAGGCAGAGUUCUGUAAGCAGGCAGAUCUACUUCAAGAGCUGUCUUCGCAAAUAAAAUCGGCGGUCGAAAGAGACGCGCCACUUCAUGAGCACAAACUGCGCGAAUUUUCUUUUGCGCACCGCCCAUCGCCAACUGCAAAGAAGGCCCCUCCGGCCGAUGGCGAUGAGCCAAGAGUCGAUGAUCCCGAGAUGCAUACCAAGCCAACUGAUGACAAGAAGGACCACUAUAAAGAGCCCAACAAGUUCUAUGAACCAGGUGAUCCCUUCUGGGAUGAUGAGCUGCAAGCCCGACUCAAUGAGCACCAGAAGAAGGCGUUUGCAAAAGCCAGGUCUGCAACAUUGACUUCUGGUGGACAUCAUGAACCCCAACCACAAGCGGGAUGCAUCAGUGCAAUUGCACACGUGAUUGUUUCUUCCAAUCUCUUCCAGGCUGGCAUAAUGCUUCUGAUCCUCAUUAAUCUGGUGCUGCUCGGGAUUGAAGUGGAUGUUGCUUCUUCACUGCCGCCAGAUGAAGACCCUGAAUGGUUUAAGACGCUGAAUGUGCUUAUUGUCUUCAUUUUCGUGACAGAGAUUCUGUUGAAAUUUAUUGCACAUGGCUGCAGAGAAUUUUUUUGUGGUAAUGACAAGUGGUGGAAUGUGUUUGACCUCUCGAUUAUAUCUGCAUCGGUCAUGGAGACGAUCACAGAGGUCAUUGCAUCCGCAAUCUCUGUGGGCAACAUGGAUUCGAGCCACCUGCGGAUAAUGCGGUUUGUGCGGCUGGGGCGAGCCCUUCGUGGAGUCCGCGUCAUGAGAUUGCUUCGCUUCAUAGGGGCUCUUCGGUCAAUUGUUUUUGCGAUCCUCAGCACCUUGUGGUCUUUGGUGUGGACUUUGGUUCUGCUGGUGCUGCUUUUCUACUGCUUCGGUGUGAUUCUUGCUCAGCUGGUGUCAGACCAUUGUCGAUACCACUCAUCAUCCGUGGCUGAGUGCCCGCCGGUGCUCAAACAAUACUGGUCUUCUGUCCCAGAGAGCAUGCUAACACUUUUCAUGUCCAUCACCGGUGGCGUCAGUUGGGUUGAAGCCUUGGAGCCUCUGCGAGAUGCCUCCGAGAUUGCAGCGGCGAUGAUGUUGCUAUACAUUUUUAUCACAAUCUUCGCAAUUCUAAAUGUGGUCACUGGCGUCUUUUGCAACAAUGCCAUUGAGAGUGCAAAAGCUGACAAGGAGAUUGCUAUCAUGAAGCAAAUGCAAUGGCAUCAGAGCCAGUUAAGAACUUUGAAAGGCGUCUUCCGGGAGAUUGACGCGGACACGUCCAAUAUGAUAAGUUUCAUUGAGUUGGAGGAAGCCUUGUCACAGAAGAAGCUCGCGAGCUUUAUGGAAUCGAUGGAUAUUGCGACUCAAGAUAUUUGGACGCUGUUCAUGGUCUUGGACGCAGACGAGAGUGGCGAAAUCUCGCUUGAAGAAUUUGUCGAGGGCUGCAUGCAGCUGCAAGGUCCGGCACAAAGCGUGCAGCUUGCAAGAAUGAGAUAUGAGAAUAAAAUCACUCGGCAAGAAGUCCGAAAAGUGCUUGAUGAAAUCAAAGAGCUGGGAGCCGUGCUGAUGGGUUGCUGA